ACUUUUUUCUGAUUACAACUCCUCUGAAACCUUCACGUUUUACUUCCUGUCGGCGGAGGGAUGUUCCUAGGAAGGAGGUUACAGCCCAGCUGAACAUUUUCACCUUAGAUAGUUCAUGAGUCUGGCUGAUAACUUCUGGAAGAGUUUGUGAAUGGGGAGCAUUUAGGGAGACUUUUACGCAUCGAGUCGAGUGACGCUCGGUGAGAUAUUUGACAAGAAAACCAUUUUCUUUGCAAGUGUCAAAACCUUAUCCUUGUUUUCUUUAUUUUAUUCAAUGGGAAGGGAGCGUUUUAAGGAGAGUCCGAUUGGCCGAGUCUCCUCAGAGAAACUUUGGUAAACUUCUGAAACAGCGAACUUAGUUUGAUUUCGUUUUUCAUCACCUUUUUAAACCUUCAGUCGAACGGCCUGACUUGACCUUUUUCGGGAUUCUUACUUCCACAACGUCUUAUCCCACCACUGUGGAUUUUCAGUUAACUUAGGUUUGGAAGUUUUUCAGUGGAUAUCAUGCCUCCGACCGGGCCGGAGAAGCUGGCUGCGCUCUGCCGGGUUUGGGCUCUGGGUUUCGCGUUGCUGUUGUACUUUGCUUCAGUGAAUGGAUGCCCACACAAGUGCAGCUGCUCCGGUUCGCAUGUGGACUGCCAGGGUCUGGGUUUAAAGAGUGUACCUAAAGGAAUACCGAGGAACUCUGAAAAGUUGGAUUUGAACAAAAACAACAUCACCAGAAUCACUAAAGUGGACUUUUCUGGGCUCAAGAACCUCAGGAUUCUUCACCUGGAGGACAACCAAAUCAGCGUUAUUGAGAGAGGAGCCUUCCAAGACCUCAGACUGCUAGAAAGACUUCGCCUGAACAGAAACAAACUCCAGUUUCUCCCAGAACUUCUCUUCCAGUCCAACCCCAAACUAGGACGACUAGACCUCAGUGAGAACCAGAUUCAGGCAGUUCCGAGGAAAGCUUUCAGAGGAAUCACCAGUGUCAAGAACCUGCAACUGGACAGCAACCACAUCAGCUGCAUCGAAGAUGGAGCUUUCCGAGCGCUACGCGAUCUGGAGAUUCUCACCCUCAACAACAACAACAUCACCCUCAUCCCCCUGUCCAGCUUCAACCACAUGCCCAAACUGCGGACACUGCGUUUGCACUCCAACAACCUCCACUGUGACUGUCACCUGUCCUGGCUUUCUGACUGGCUCAGAGCCAGGCGGGGCUUGGCUCCCUUCACCCAGUGCAUGGCCCCCGCCCACAUGAGGGGUCUCAAUGUCCCAGACGUGCAGAAGAAGGAUUUUGUCUGCAAUGGUCCAGCACAGACAGAGUCGAGGACAUGCGUUCCUCAGGUGGCCAUUUGCCCACCAAGCUGCAGCUGUAACAACAACAUAGUAGACUGCCGUCGUAAAGGUCUCACUGAAAUACCUGGCAACCUCCCCGAAGGGAUCAUGGAGAUUCGCUUGGAGCAGAACCUGAUUAAAAGUGUCCCCGCAGGAGCCUUUACUGCCUAUAAGAAGCUCAAGAGGAUUGACUUGAGUAAGAACCAGAUUUCUGACAUUGCCGCAGAUGCUUUCAGCGGCCUUCGAUCACUCACCUCACUGGUGCUGUACGGCAACAAGAUCACUGAGUUGCCUAAGGGACUGUUUGAUGGACUGAUUUCCCUGCAGCUACUGCUGCUCAAUGCCAACAAAAUUAACUGUUUGAGAGUCAACACCUUCCAAGAUCUACAAAAUCUCAACCUGCUUUCACUUUACGACAACAAGCUACAAACCAUCAGCAAAGGGCUGUUCACCCCUCUGCGUUCAAUCAAGACGCUUCAUCUGGCCCAGAAUCCCUUUAUGUGUGACUGUCACCUGAAGUGGCUGGCUGACUACCUGUUUGACAACCCCAUUGAGACCAGUGGAGCACGCUGCAGCCAUCCCAGACGGCUUGCUAACAAACGAAUCAGCCAGGUUAAAGGCAAGAAGUUCAGGUGCACAGGUCAGGAAGAUUAUCGUAGCCGACUAAGUGGGGAGUGUUUUCAAGACCUGGUGUGUCCAGAGAAAUGUCGCUGCGAAGGCACUGUGGUCGAUUGUUCCAAUCUCAAACUUGCUCGUAUACCCCCACACAUCCCCGAACACACCACAGACCUNNNGCUAAACGACAAUGAGAUUGCCGUCCUGGAUUCUGCAGGGAUAUUCAAGAAGCUGCCUAACUUGAGGAAGAUCAACCUGAGCAACAACAAGCUGAGAGACAUUCGUGAGGGCGCAUUUGAUGGAGCAGGUGGAGUUUUGGAGCUACUGCUAACAGGAAACAAGCUAACUGGAUUGCAGGGACGCAUGUUUAGAGGCCUCACUAGCCUUAAAACUCUAAUGCUGCGGAGCAACCAGAUCAGUUGUAUAGACAACAGUACAUUUACGGGAUUGAGCUCGGUGCGUCUGCUGUCGCUGUACGACAACAGGAUCUCCAGCAUCGCCCCGGGAGCUUUCUCAACCCUGCACUCCCUGUCCACCAUUAACCUCCUCUCCAACCCAUAUGUGUGUGAUUGUCACUUGGCCUGGCUGGGUCAGUGGCUGAAGAAGACCAGGGUGGUCAGCGGAAACCCUCGCUGUCAGAAGCCAGCCUUCCUGAAGGAAAUCCCCAUCCAGGACGUGGCUACCCCAGACUUCACAUGUGACGGUGCUGAGGAUAACGGUUGUCUUCCUGCAUCUGGUUGUCCUGACGUCUGCACGUGCUCAGACAGCGUGGUGCGAUGCAGCAACAGAGGGCUGCACUCUCUGCCCAAGGGCAUUCCCAAGGACACCACAGAGCUUUACCUGGAGGGUAAUAUGCUGACAUCUGUGCCCAAGGAGCUGGCCGCCCUGAAGCAGCUGUCACUAGUAGACCUGAGCAACAACAGCAUCAGCACACUGGCCCAAUACACCUUCAGCAAUAUGACUCAACUAGCCACACUCAUCCUGAGUUACAACCAGAUUCGCUGCAUCCCGGUUCAUGCCUUCGACGGGCUCAAGUCACUUCGCCUGCUGACUCUCCAUGGUAAUGACCUUUCAACUAUCCCAGAAGGAGCUUUCAACCACCUGACCUCUCUGUCCCACCUGGCUCUUGGUGCCAACCCCUUAUACUGUAACUGUGAGCUGCGCUGGCUCUCACAGUGGGUCAAGGCUGGCUUCAAAGAGCCUGGCAUUGCUCGCUGUACUGGACCUGCUGACAUGGCUGACAGGCUGCUGCUCACCACACCACUUAACAGAUUUCAGUGUAAAGGCCCAGCAGACAUCAGUCUGAUGUCAAAGUGCGCCCCCUGCCUAGCAGCCCCCUGCCAAAACAACGGCACCUGUGUCUCUGAUGCCACUGGAUCCUACCACUGCACCUGUCCAUAUGGAUUCAAGGGUAAAAACUGUGAACUACCCAUCAAUGCUUGUAUUAGUUUCCCUUGUUCUAAUGGAGGAACCUGCCACAUUCAACCACGCCAUGAAGACCACUUCAGCUGUGUGUGUCCACCCGGUUUCGAGGGCCACCGUUGUGAGAUAAACCCAGAUGACUGUGAAGACAAUGACUGUGAGAACAACUCUACAUGCAUCGAUGGAGUCAACAACUAUACCUGCAUUUGUCCACCCAACUACACAGGUGACCUGUGUGAUGAGGUGGUUGACCCUUGCCUCCAUGGUUUCGAUCCCUGUCAGCACGACUCAAAGUGUGUCCAUAUUGGCCGCAGUUACAGGUGCGAGUGUUUACCAGGUUAUGUGGGCCAACACUGUGAGCAGGACUAUAAUGACUGUCUGGAGAAUAAGUGUCAACACGGAGCGGAGUGUGUCGACGCUGUCAACGGCUAUACCUGCGUCUGUAGAGAGGGUUUCAGUGGGCUGUUCUGCGAGAACCCUCCACCAAUGAUUUUGCUGCAAACCAGCCCCUGCGACCAAUCGGACUGCCAGAACGGCGCCCAGUGCCUGGUGGUUACUGGAGAGCCCAUCUGCCGAUGCAUGCCCGGUUUCUACGGCAACAAAUGUGACAAGAUGGCCACCGUUCACUUCCUGGGUCGUGAUGGAUAUGUGGAGCUGCCGGGCACAAAACUCCGUCCAACUGCUCAUAUUUCAUUACAGGUGGCUACAGAUAAAGACAACGGUAUUUUGUUGUAUAAGGAGGACCACGACCCUCUGGCUCUGGAGCUGUACCAGGGACACAUACGACUCAUCUAUGACAUCGCCAACUACCCGCCUACCACUGUGUAUAGCGUGGAGUCGGUGAAUGAUGGGCUUUUCCACACGGUCGAGCUGUUGAUUCAGAACCGUUCACUGAACCUGGUCGUGGAUAAUGGUGCUCCCAAGAGCCUGGGCAAGCUAGCACGCCAGCCCUUCCUUGACCACAGCACCCAACUUUACAUAGGAGGCAUACCAUCUCAGGUAGUGGCCUCAGGUCUACGUCCCAGCCCUGAUCGUUCCCCUCAGGCUUUUAAUGGUUGCAUUCACAAUGUCCGAAUCAAUGGGGAGCCCCAAGACCUGAGUUACAGAGCUGCAGGAAGAGAACGGCCACAAGAGGUUGAGGGCAAGGGUAUUCUUGCAGGGUGCCAUUCCUGUGGUGUGUGCGCACAGGGUGCAUGUAGGGAGGGAGGAGAGACAGGAGUAACAUGUGACUGUCCUCCCGGACGCAGCGGGACCCUAUGUGACCAGAUGACGGCACCAAAUCCCUGUCAGAACAGCAGAUGUGUUCAUGGUCUGUGUGUGCUCAAAGGUCAGUCCUACAGCUGCCAGUGUAAUGAAGGCUACCACGGUCAGUACUGCGAUCGACGGCAGGAGCCUCGGGCCUGCAGGGGGCACCACUGCGGACACGGGCAGUGUCGCAUCUCAGAGCGAGGAGAGCCGGUCUGCCACUGUCAGCCAGGGUACACCGGACCUACCUGUGACGCAGGGCUUACAUGUCAAGGAGAGAUGGUGAGGGAGCAGCUGAAGCACCACCAGGCAAUGAGAACAUGUACAUCCACCAGCAAAAUUCCCCACAUGGAUUGUUCCAGAUCCUGCCAGGCCGCAGCGCCCUCCGGUGUUUGCUGCGGUGUCACUAAGAGCAGAAGGAGGAAGGUGCUUUUCCGUUGCACCGAUGGCACCUCGUACUCUGAAGAGAUGGAAACUGCUCUGGAAUGCGGCUGCUCCAAGUGCCAGUUGUAACAGCACCAGUUUGCUCAUUUGUUUUGCAACACCCACCACCACCAUUUGUGAAUUCCACAUGUCAACGAAGCUGUUGCUCUGAGAUGUUUCCAAGUUAAGGAGCAUCAUCAUUAAGUGAUUUUUUUUUUCCCUCCACAUCAGUUUGACUGAUGCCAAGAGAAACCACAUACAAAAAGUAAAAGCAGGACGUGUGCGUGUUUGUUGACAGAGAGAAAAUAUAUUGUAAGAUAUAAGUGAGAAAAAACAGAACUUAUUUUUAUUAUGAAUUUUUUCUAAAAGAUGAUAGAAGGACUGAUGAGUUUUUUAAUAUGUUGAUUAUAUAAUGUGUUACAUAGUAUGAAAGUGUUAUUUUGUACCUUGUAAGAAGUACAACGCAAAAUAGAUUAACAUUCCUUAAAAGUAUAUGAAUUUAUAUGUAUGUAUAAAUCUAUAUAAAUAUUUACCCUAACCCAAUGAAUUUGAUAUUUUCUGAGUGUAUUUGCAUGAUGUUAAUGUGAGCGCUGAUGUAUGGGAGGCUUUGGACACUGAGAGGUUUGGGCUGAGAGAAAGGAGCUCUGUUGAAUCCACAAAAAAGAAAAGGUAGCAGUCGGUUGUUGCCUUCUCUCUAAAAGGGAACUGUGUGUGCCUAGCUAACCUGCUUCACUAUAUAAGGGACAUCAUCCUCAUUCCUGAGUUCCGUGAGAAAACAUAAAGACGCUUUCCACAGAGAUGAUUUAACAGUUUGUUCUAAUGGUCUGUUAUUCUGUAAUUUGCUGUUGCACACAAGACUUGGAGCCAAGCAGGGUUUGAAAAUCUGAAAGACAUUUGCUGUUCAUUAAUAUUCCCCUAUAAGUCGGGGUUUCCCAUUCAAAUCAACAAUAGUGAAAUCAUGCUGUAAACUCAGCAUCAUGCUGAGUCUGUCUAUAAGAUGCUGAAAUUUAAAAUGGUUUUGAAAAUCACAAGAAGUCGUGUGACAGGAAGCUGUUUUAAUCAAACCUCCUAGUCACAUAAUAAAAAGGUUCUUUUAAAGAGUCAUUUAUUUGUUAGGCUGAAAAGCAGUGUUUCACUCUGGUUGAACAUUUCAACUGUGCAUCAGUGCAGGGUGUAGUCAGUUGUGGUCAGAGGUCUGCUGCACCUGUAAUUAUCCCCAACCCCCUUCUGACUGAGCAGGGAAACGUAAUGCCAAAGUCAACAGUAUUUGCCUUUAAUGGAUAAGUGUGUCAAAAAUGAUUGACUGAAAUUGUUGAUUUAUACAAAUUAAAGUGCCUUGGUGUACCUAUUUUGAGAUUCAGAUAUGAUGCUGCAGUAUUGUCAACGACUGCUACUGAAUGAUUGACCAUUUCGACUGGUUACAGGCAUUAAGUUGUCACAUGGCAGGUGAUACUGUACCUGUAAACAUUGCAUGGGGUUGUUCUUUAAAUAUUCCUUUAUUCCAAUCAUGUGGGCAUGUGUUAAUAUCCCAAAGCAAUUAAAACAAAUUAAUUUGGCCAGAACAAGAGAAGACUUAAUCAUGCCAUAGUCCAUUUGGUAUGCAAUGUUCAGUGUCAAACUGCAGCAUCAGCAAGAGCCCGUUUCUUGUUUUUCCCUCUUACAGUGUUAGUGAAUCAUGCAUCAGUGUGUUAUAUGAUAACAUUGCAUAAUGUAGGCUUGAUUAUUUGGUGGACUAUGUACUGUAAGGUGCUAUGGUAAAAUGAAUAUUUCCAUGGAGCAUGUACUGUCCAUCAAAAACAGACACCUUGAAGUUUAAGAUGAGGUGAACCUCAACAAUGGCAGUAUGGGGUACAAGUUUAAUAAGUGGCUUGGAUUUACUGACCAAAAGACAGAGUGCUCCAGUCUGAUGACAGCAAACCUCCACAUUAAGAUGCUUCUGUAACUUGGUCACAUGAAAGAAUCUGAUCUGGACCAAGGUGCCACAACACAGCUGAAGAAAACAUGGACAGCAGUACAGUUUUUAACUGCCCAUAAAUGACUAACACAAUUAAAAGCAUAGUGAAAGACUAUAAUGUAACUACUACUGUAUUGUUUACUUUAUAUAAUGUUGCUUUGUUUACAAAGGGUGCAAAGUGUUGUCAUACUUUUACAGUUAAUUAUAUUUCUGCUAAUCUGGAUUGGAGACAUCAGUGUUAUUCAUGUCUAUCAAUGUCACAUUUUUCACACCCCCUCCUCCUCCUUCCUGAUUGUUCAUGUCACUUCCUUUUCUUCAACAUUUUUCUUCCCCUCCCUUCUUUUCUCUAUCUUUUUUCACAUCUUUGUCCAUGAUGCCUCUUACAAUUAUUGCUUCCAUUCAUUUUCAUCAUCUCUCCCCCUUUUUUUGUUGUUGUGAUUCUUUGGCUUCACACCCAUAUUUCUGUCAACUCAACCUUAAUCUGUUUCCCGCUUCUCACUGCCCUGUUCAUCACCUCUUUUCUUAAAGGUUUAGUUCUUCAUUGUGAACAGUAUAAAACACCUCACUUAUUAGCUAUUGACAAUAAAAAUAACUGUAAAGUCAGUAAUUUCCAUUUUCCAAGUUCUAGGUUUAAAAACAUGAAUAUGUGA